UUUUGCCAUUAUUAUUUAAUAAUGUCUGAAGAAUCAAUUGUUAGCACAGAAAAUGGAGUCGUCGAGGCUGAAGAAAAUGUUCAGGAGCCGGCUUUGUAUAAUUAUGUUUUGACUGAGGAACAAAAACAACGAAAAAUUAAAUGCGUCACGUGGGAUGAUAAAGUUGUUGAGGUUGAAUGGCAUCUGAUGAUGCAAUGUGGAGCUUUUGUCCUGCUUUGGGAAAGUUUAAAUUUGGAAGAUUCUGUGAAUUCUGACGCUUUGGACUGCUUUCAUUUCCCACUCAAUGAAAUUACCGAAGAGUGCUUUGUUAAAGUUGUUGAAUGGCUACGUAAUCAUCAAGGCCAGGGACCAAUUGAAAUUAAGUAUGACCAUAUAACUGGCGAGCGCAAAUGGUUCCAUUUGACUGAUUGGGAGAAAAAUUUUUUUGAAAUUGAUGAUUUCGAGUUUUUGAAGGAAAUUUAUUUGGCCUCCAAUUUCUUGGAUGUCAAAUCUUUAUAUUAUUAUUGUGCACAGGAGGCUGCAAGGGUUAUUAUGGAUAAGUCAGCAAGUGAGAUUCGAGAGCUUUUGUGCCUUCCUGAUGAUUUAACUGAUGACGAAAAGAGGGAGAUAGCAAGGCAGUAUGAGUACCGCGAGAGUCCGCCACCUGCCCCGGUGGUGGACUCUCGCGGUAUGGAGAUGGACGAGCACGAUUUGGUUGGGACCUCGUCUUCUUUUAUUCCGCAAAGCUCAUCAACCUCAAAUGUUGUUUAUGCUGAUGUGUCUGCUGAUAAGAAAGAGGUGAAUAUUAAUUUGGAUGGACCCGGAAGUAGUGGGUCUUCUUAA